UUAGCUCAUAUAUACAUACUUCAUUAAAUAAUCAUAUCAUAUAUCUCACAAAUUAAAAUAAUCCAAUUAAGUAUGCAACUUCAUCACCAUCUCCAAGAAAUGAUGGAAAAAUAUUUAGUUAUCCAGCAUGAAAUACUGGAUCAAAUAAUUAGUUUUUUCCACAAAAACAUUAAACCUUAUAUAAGUCAUGGUUUUGAGUACUUACUCUUUCAAAUAAACCCAUAUUGGCACCAUUUAUUUUACUACAUCACCAUCUCUUUUCUUGGCUAUAUUUCCUUAAAGGGCACGAAACAGAGCUCUUCAUUAGCUUCAAACCCUCACCAUGACCUCGACCUCGACCUCAUCUUCACCUCGGUGUCGGCAACGACGAUUUCUAGUAUGUCUACGGUUGAAAUGGAAGAUUUUACGAGUACACAACUAAUAGUACUAGUAAUAUUAAUGUUUUCCGGGGGUGAGGUCUUCCUAUCCCUCCUUGGCCUUCAAAUACGAAGGCUAAAGCAUAAGAGAAGAGCGCGAAACCAUGCCUUAAACCCUAACCCUACCUCUGAAGGUGAAGGUAUCAAGUCCAAAACUCUAAGGGUACUUAAUCAUGUAGUUUUAGGGUACAUUUUAGUGUCACAUAUACUAGGGUACAUUUCUGUAUCCUUGUAUAUGAACAUUAUCUCAAGUGCAAAUAAUGUCCAUGUAAUAAAAAAAAUCGAUUCUCACCUAUUUUCUAUAUUCGUUAUAGUAUCCACAUUUGCAAAUUGUGGAUUCAUCCCUAUAAACGAAAACAUGAUGCCCUUUAACAAAAACUCGGGUUUACUUCUAAUCCUAAUACCACAAAUUUUGAUGGGGAAUAAAUUGUACCCUUCUUGUUUAAGGGUAGUAAUUUGGGUUCUUGAGAAAUUUACAGGAAAAGAAGAAUACAAUUACAUGUUAAGAAAUCAUGAUGAUUUAGGUUAUGGGAAUUUGAUUUCAAGCUUCAAAGCUUUUCUUUUGAGUUUUACAGCAAUUGGGCUUGUUAUGAUCCAAUUUUUGGUGUUUACAACAUUGGAGUGGAAUUCUUUGGUUUUUCAAGGGCAAAAUUGGUAUACAAAAAUUGUUGGUUCACUCUUUCAAACUGUUAAUUCAAGACAUAGUGGAGAGUCAAUUGUUGAUGUAUCUCUUCUUCAACCAGCUACUCUGGCUCUCUUUGUGGUUAUGAUGUACCUUCCAUCGACCACCAUAUUCGUACCGAUUGGCUACGACAAAGAAUCAACAUUAUUGGCUGAGAAUAGGCAGUCCAAGAGUAGCAAAAAGCAAAAGCAAGAGAGUAACAUCCUUAAGAAUCUCACAUUCUCACCACUCUCUUAUCUUGCUAUCUUUGUCAUGCUUAUUUGCAUCACUGAACAAUCAAGUUUGAAGCAAGAUCCUCUUAAUUUCACCGUCUUCAACAUUAUUGUCGAAGUUGUAAGUGCAUAUGGAAACGUGGGAUUCUCAAUGGGCUACAGUUGUAAACGAAGACUUGAUAAUUUUAGCAAUUGCAAGGACAGUUAUUAUGGUUUUGUAGGGCGUUGGAGUUGGAAGGGAAAGUUUCUUCUAAUUUUUGUCAUGCUUUUUGGAAGGCUUAAGAGAUUUCACUUCAAUUCAGGAAAUGCAUGGAAACUUACCUUCUAAAUUUCUAAUUCCGUUUCCUUCAUUUUUCAAAAUUCCGUAAGUGUUAAAAAAAAUUAUAGUAGUGUUGUGAGUGUUGUUAUUUGGCACUUUGAAAGACUUUGGUAUAACAUGGAAUUGUAUAUUUGUAUAUAUGAAUGAAAGAAUAAGAAAAAAAAAAAAAAAAA